AUGGCUCCGAGCACGAUCCGGAAGGCGAUCGGGGCGGUGAAGGAUCAGACCAGCAUCGGGAUCGCUAAAGUUGCUAGCAACAUGGCGCCGGAGCUGGAAGUUGCUAUAGUCAAAGCUACCAGCCACGAUGAUGACCCCGCCUCCGAGAAGUAUAUAAGGGAAAUUCUUCAGUUGACUUCCUAUUCUCAUGGAUAUGUCAGCGCUUGUGUAGUUGCGGUUUCCAAAAGAUUGGGUAAAACCCGUGAUUGGAUUGUUGCCCUCAAGAGGGGAACUAGGUUGUUGAAUUUGUCUGAUUUUCGCGAUGAGGCCCAUUCAAACUCGUGGGAUCACUCCGCUUUUGUCCGCACAUAUGCUAUGUACUUGGAUCAGAGGCUUGAGUUGAUGGUUUAUGAGCGGAAGCAGAGUGGAGAUGGAGGUCAAAUUGAACGAUUUGGUGGUAGAGAUGACAGGUAUAAUUAUAGAUCGCCUCCAGGAUCGAACCGGGGUAAUGAUUAUGACUACAAUGAGUCUCGGGAUGGGCCGAAUUACGGAAUGCGCAGAUCAAGGUCCUCUGGUGAUGUAAGGGAGUCGGCACAGGAGAGAAAAGAUGUUACUCCAUUGAGGGAGAUGAACCCUGAGAGGAUUUUUGGGAAGAUGGGACAUCUGCAGAGGCUGUUGGAUCGGUUUUUGUCGUGUCGCCCCACAGGUUUGGCAAAGAAUGAGCGGAUGAUAUUGGUUGCUCUGUAUGCUGUUGUGAAGGAGAGUUUUAAGUUGUAUUCCGAUGUGUGUGAGGUUUUGGCGGUGCUUCUGGAUAAGUUCUUCGAUAUGGAAUAUCAAGACUGCGUGAAGGCUUUUGAUGCAUAUGUCAGUGCAGCAAAGCAGAUUGACGAGCUGGUCGGCUUCUAUAAUUGGUGCAAGGAUACUGGGGUGGCAAGAUCUUCUGAAUACCCAGAGGUGCAAAGGAUCACUAGCAAGUUAUUGGAGACUCUGGAGGAGUUUGUGAGGGAUAGAUCAAAGGCACUGAAGAGUCCUGAGAGGAAAGCAGAGAGCCAGCCGGUGCCUCAGGAGGAGGAGCAAGUGCAGGAUAUGAAUGAGAUUAAAGCACUCCCGCCUCCUGAGAAUCAUACACCGCCACCGCCACCAGAGCCAGAGCCUCCGAAGCCCGCUGUUCAGGAGACGGGCGAUCUGGUAAAUUUGAGGGAUGAGGGAGUGACUGCUGAUGAUCAAGGUAAUAAGUUGGCUCUGGCAUUGUUUGCCGGGCCGGCAGCAAACAAUGGGAAUAGCUCAUGGGAGGCUUUCCCAUCAGAUGGAGGUUCACAGGUGACUUCUGCUUGGCAGAAUCCAGCUGCAGAGACAGGCAAGGCCGACUGGGAGUUGGCUCUGGUUGAGUCUGCAAGUCAUUUGUCUAAGCAACAGGCUGCAAUGGGUGGUGGAUUAGAUCCAUUGUUGUUGAAUGGCAUGUAUGAUCAGGGAGUGGUUAGGCAGCACGUGAGCACCACCCAGUUGACCGGUGGCAGUGCCAGCAGCGUGGCAUUGCCAGGUCCUGGAACAAGUAAAACUCCUGUGUUAGCACUCCCUGCACCUGAUGGAACAGUCCAGACGGUUGGACAAGAUCCGUUUGCUGCAUCUUUGGCCAUUCCUCCGCCUGCAUAUGUGCAGAUGGCUGAUAUGGAGAAAAAGCAGCAUUUCCUGGUGCAGGAGCAGAUGGUAUGGCAACAGUAUUCCAGAGAAGGAAUGCAGGGCCAAACUAGUUUGUCCAAGAUUGGCACGGGCGGGUAUUAUCCUCCAGGCGUACAGCCCGUGAUGCCUUAUGGAAUGCCACCUGUAAAUGGAGCGGGAAUACCACCUGCUGGGUAUCCCUAUGCUCCUUACUGA